CACUGGCUCAGAGGAACAAGUUUCGGCCGUCUGCAGUAACUGAUUGUAAUCAGUCAACACCCAAAACAUUCGGAGUUGUCAACCUCGCCGCUGAGAGAAGAAAAUCUGGGAGAUGGACAGCAAAGGAAGAAAAAUAGUGGUUUGCGAUAAUGGAACCGGAUUUGUGAAGGUUGGCUAUGCUGGAUGUAACUUUCCUGCACACAUCUUUCCUUCCAUGGUUGGGCGCCCUAUCAUUCGUGCAACCAACAAAAUCGGAGACAUAGAAGUUAAGCGAAUGAUGCGGGAGUUUGUAGGGGAGUGGGCGCAUUUUCCUGAUCUCAUGGUGGGUGAUGAAGCCAGUAAGCUGCGUUCAAUGUUAGAGGUCACUUACCCAAUGGAGAAUGGAAUAGUCAAGAAUUGGGAUGACAUGUGCCAUGUAUGGGAUUACACUUUUGGACCUGAGAAAAUGGGAAUUGAUCCUAGGAACUGCAAAAUUAUGCUUACUGAACCACCCAUGAAUCCUACCAAGAAUCGUGAAAAGAUGUUGGAGGUUAUGUUUGAAAAAUAUGGUUUUGCUGGAGCAUUUGUAGCUAUUCAGGCUGUGCUGACCUUGUACGCACAGGGUCUGCAGUCAGGUGUUGUGGUAGACUCAGGUGAUGGAGUAACACACAUCUGUCCUGUGUAUGAAGGCUUCACUCUUCCUCAGAUCAGGCGAUUAGACAUAGCUGGCCGUGAUAUUACUGUCUACUUGAUCAAGCUUCUCUUACUAAGAGGUUAUGCAUUCAACCACUCGGCAGAUUUUGAAACAGUACGCAUGAUGAAAGAAAAAUUGUGUUAUGUUGGUUAUAAUAUUGAACAGGAACAGAAACUUGCUACAGAAACAACAGUAUUGGUAGAAAAUUAUCAACUUCCUGAUGGACGCGUUAUUAAGGUUGGAGGAGAACGAUUUGAAGCUCCUGAAGCCCUUUUCCAGCCACAUUUGAUCAACGUUGAAGGUCAAGGAAUAGCUGAGCUUUUAUUUGACACCAUUCAGCGCUGUGAUAUUGAUAUCAGACCUGAAUUGUAUAAGCAUAUUGUGCUGUCUGGAGGCUCAACCAUGUACCCAGGAUUACCUUCUCGUUUAGAAAGAGAACUUAAACAGUUGUAUCUGGAGAGAGUUUUAAAGGGAGAUGCUGAAAGAUUAUCCAAGUUGAAGAUCCGUAUUGAAGAUCCCCCCAGACGGAAAGAUAUGGUAUUUAUAGGUGGAGCUGUCCUUGCCGAUGUGAUGAAAGAUCGGGAUAAUUUCUGGAUCUCACGGGAGGAGUACCAAGAGAAGGGUGUCCAGGCUGCGUUAGAAAAACUUAUGCCUGGAGGAGCUUCAUAAAAGUUGUAGACUUAGGGAAUUGGGUUUCUUCAGUAUCUGCUGUUGUUGUUGGCUGUUUGUAAGUUACGUCACUUUUUUCUUCCAAGGGGAUAUUUGUCUUAAGCACUGUUGCCACAGUUCUGUUUUUCAGUUUAUUUAUCACUCAAGAUUGAAAUCCCCAUACUAGUGAUAUCACAUUAAUAAGUGACAUAGCAUGCAAGACAGCUUUUAUGUUGUGCUCUCUCUGGCCAAGUACAUUAAACCAGUUGCUGUGUUAAUACAGCCGUCUGAGAAUUCUUCUUUAGCCAUAUAGUGCAUCAAGUUGAGAUCAUCCAUGGGCAGUACAGGUAUUGAGAUAUAUAUGUACAGUAUAUAUUUAGAUAUAUAUUAUGAUGAAAGUUAUACAGUUGAAAAGUGCCAGAAAUUCCAUAUUACCAAUGUAUUAAAUCUUUUAUAACAUAGCUCCCAUCACAUUUAAAUAUGCUAUGAAACAAAGUGAAAGAUUUUGAUAUUUCUGUUAAUGAAAUAUGUAUUUUUUUCCCAGAUUGUAAUUUCAUGGCUUUCUUGAAUAAUAUGUCUCUACUUCAGUAUCCAAAGAUAGGAAAUGAGAACAAAUUAAUGCAUAGAAUUUUUUAUUUAUAUUUAGUCCUUUUUUUUUAUUUGUUUGAAAGAAAGCAGUUGUUGGCAGUCUAAGCAGUAUAAUACAUAUGUGCAAAUUUCAUAAGGAAAUGCAGUCCGUUUGGAGAAAUCUGUCACUUUUUAUGCUAGUAUCAAACACAUGCAUUACACAAAAUGUGGAUAGUGAUUUGAAGUGGAAUUGCUGUUUUAACCAAUGUUUAAAGCAAUUUAAGAAGCCAGGAACUGUUAUGCCUAAAAAUUAGAUUGAAGCUCAAUUUUCCUAACCCCUUACAUUUUUUUUUGUGGUGAAGUGAUACUGAAAAUAUUUGACAGGUGUUGGAAUUCACAUUGAAACUAGAACGUUUUUAAGACUAAUUAUGGCAGUUCCCAGUUAUCAGCAAUCCGGUUUUAUGGGACUUGUUUAGUGCAGAAAAUCUUCAAUAUUCGCCACCAAAAUGUGCUGAUUUUUGGUUAUCGGUGCCAAUAAGAGUACUGGCGCCAAUACAUAUAUGCAUACAUACCUAACAGAGGCAACAUUAACCGUUUAUCGGAGCCAAAAUCCAGUUAUCGGCAAUUUUCACUUAAUGUCAAACCAUUGAAACGGAACGCCCCCCCGAUUACCAGGGACUGCCUGUAAUUGCCCCAAGACUAAUUUCAUUGUCCUAAUGACAUACCACAAAAAAUUAUAUGUAGUCCUUGACAGUUAAAAAGCUGAAACUGGUACUUCAUUAACAGAAAUCUCAAAAGUGUACUGUUGGUAUAUUUUGUAUGCAUGGAAAGAUCAUAUUUUUCCCUCAAGUUAGUUGAUAUGUAAUUCCAUUGUGUUGGAUACAUAAAUAUUCAGGACAGUGCAUCAGCACUCAUAUGAUUUGUCUCUUCACUGAUAGUAUCUGAUUUAUGUAUACAUGAGUAUAUGUUAUGGAAGUAAUAUUAGGUUAUUAUUACUAGCAACUGAAGGACUUCACAGAAAGUUUGUAUGAACUAGUCUUUUAUAAUGAUUUUCAAAGUAUUCAAGUUGAAUAGUCUUUGAAUGGGUACAACUUGAGGUUGCAUAAUUGUGUAAGUUGUUUAGACCAGAUAAUUUGCACACGGUUGAUGCAGAAAUUUAUGAAAGUAUUGUAUAUGUAUUUUAAAUCUAAUUUAUUUAGGAUGGUUAAGUUUUCAUAGUCCUUAGUGAAUCACGAGUUCUCUUUUUAUGAAUGUGCACUGAAAUAGAUAUGGAAGGAUUAUAUUUUGACUAAGUGCAGUUUUUGUAUUAUCAGUGAAGAUCUCUGGUUUUUGUUUGGUAAAUUUUUCUUCCAGCUUCUGAACUAAAACUAUUUUCAUGAUUUAAAAUAAUAGAUUUGCAUUUUUAGCUAUGUAAAAUUUUUCUAUCAGCUGUUUGUUGCAGUGUGGUGGGGUUCCUUUUUUUCAGUUCAGCUCAGGCACUUAGUGUAUAUUUUGAAUGAAAACCUUUAUUAGUGCUCUUAUUUUUGUUUCAGAGAAACAGGGUACUAUACAGUUCAUAGAAAUUUUAAGGAUACCCUGCAGCUCUCAUAUGUUUGCAGAUCAGAAAUAGUGGAAAGAUAUAUCUAGGCUUAAUCAAUUUCAGUUACUAGCCUCAAGUCUACUGCCCAUUAACAAGUUAUUAUAUUUUUCCCCUGUGUUUGAGUUAUGAUUAUUGAAUUUGUAAGAAAGCAGCAUUUAGUGAAAGGAUAUGUGAAAUAUGUAUUACCUACUUGUCCCUACAGCAAGUAAAUUAUGAAGUCUGACACAGAACUUAUUACAGGUUACUCUUGAAAAUCUUGUCCUAAAAUAUUUAUAAGAUUCUGAACUGUUUCAGUGUUUCUUUCUUGAAAAGAAGCAUGAUGGUUUAAAAUUAUUUUUAGAGAUUUCUUUUGGAUUUGAAAGAAAAAUCAGAUACUAAUUGCAUAUUGAUUUAAGAUGUUUAUAUGUCAUUUUAAGAAUGAAACUCUGUUGCACAAAAUGUUGUAUUUUCAAAAACAAGUACAUUCUUUCUCCUGUAAAAUAUUUAUAUAAUAAUUUCACAGAAUUAUCAACAGCACAAAUUUACUCUUUUCAAACUGGUAACUUGAAUUUUAACACUUUCAUAGGAAUUCAGUAAAAAAAACUUUUUAGUUAUAAAUUCCAGGAUUACUUUUUAUACAGUUUUCUUGGAAAAGGGAAUUUCUUAUGUUGUAGGGUAUUAUAGCCAAAGUUGGAAUGAUAUUGAAAUAAUAGGGCUAGUUAUUACAUUUGAAGCCCCGUAUAUGUUGAUUAUUAUUUAUUAUUGGCACAGUAUUUCCAAGUUACUAGUUUUAGCACUUUUCUGUUCCUAUUUGGCUUUAUUACUGUACUUUGUCAAAAUCUUCAGAAUUUUAAGGGAUUACUAAUAAUUUUGCCUUUCAUCUUUGCCUGCCCUGUUUUCAGUUGUAUCAAUAUCCAUUGAUUUGUUGAUUGAUUUGUAUCAAUAUCCAAUGGGUUGUUGACUGAUUUGUAAAGUAUUUUCAAGUUUUUUACGUAUCCUGUAUUGCUGCUCUUUUAAAACGUGUGGUCUUUGUAAAGAAAUUAUUAUUUUUUUUUUUUUUGCUAGAUUUUGAGUCUUGCAUUCCAAUGUUCCAGGAAUCAUGGAAGUGAACUUUGGCACUUCUAGUUAAAUUUUACAUUUUUGGGGAUUGAGGGAAGAUUUUGAAGUUCCAAAGGGACUAUCUUGUUAUAUAUUAAUGUGCUGAAUGUCUUAUUUGUUGAAAAAUUUUCAAAUAAAAAUUUCCUAAAUAAAGAAA